AUGGCCAAGAACAAUCAAACGUCUGCCGCUGGUAACAGCAGCUCCGCAGACGCGCGUCUCAAGGAAGAGGUCCUGACUCCCACUACGUCCACAUCCACUCCUCAUAGGAUAUUUAGCGUAGACGACGAUCCAAGGGAGAUUCAGAACGACAUUAGGUACCUCGAGGGCCUGCAUGAGGGGCUGAAAUUUGCUCUUCACGCCAACAAGUCUAAGCGCUCUGUGAGCUCGCAAUCACCUGCCGUACAUAGCAGCAAUAACACGCUGCACCACCACGAGCACCAACAACACUUGCCGCCGACCCUGGAGUCGCUGUCUUCUAAGUCACACUCUGUGCCAGACCUGAAUAUGGCGGCUCCUGGGUCUCCAAGACGUAUGCACUCGUCCAUCCGGGAGCUGCCUCAUGAUGACAAUGACGACGUGGACGAUAAUGACGAUAGCCGCUUCAUCAUACACGACGCACGCGGCCAUGACUUACUGAUAGACGAAAUCAACUGCCAGUCACCAUCGCACUUGGAGAACAAUGACCAGGCAUCAAACGCUUCGUCCACGGAGUCAUUCACGUUGCGAGAGAGACAGGACGCCAUCAAUGAGACACACCCCUUCGGUAUCAGAAUAUGGAAGCCUGCUCUGUACAAGAAGCACCGGUCCGUGCAAAGGACUGCGGCUCAGGAUAUACAUGAGACGCAGUUGAAGACCAUCACCUGGGAGGUGAAUUGCUCCAAUGUGCUGUGGUCUCUUUUGUUUGGGUUGCCCAUUGCGAUACUUUUCUACUCGGCGGCUAUUUUGGUAUUUUUAUUGGGCGGCGGAGGGCUCGUGACAAACUCUGCCAAAGACUAUUCCAAAUGUUUGUACAAGCUUGCCAACUAUUUCGUCUGGCCCUUUGGAAAGAUGGUGUACUUGCUGCAAGAUGAGCAGUACUUACAAGAAGACAAGGAUGAAGGCAUAAGCAUGCAGCAGUUUUACAAUUGGGUGACCUCAUAUUCCAACAGGCUUGUGUUCCACCAGUCGCAGGCCAAGCUGCAGCAAAGAGAAGAGCAGCCGGCCGCAACGGCGGAGUCUUCCUUGUUGAUGCCGCCCGUUAAUACGACGGCAACACCGCUUAACUCCAACCAUCCCUCCUACAAUUCCAUUAGACACGAAAUCCCGCAUACAACAACCCAAAGAAGGUAUUUCGGUAGAGGAAAAUGGAGCUGGGGCCGUGUCCUUUUUUAUACAAUCUACCAUCUCGCCUUACAACCCGUUCUUGCCCUCUUGUCUCUUUGUUUAUGGCUCCUGGUGUUUACUAUCCCCAUGAGUAACGUCCUUUGGCAAAUUAUGUACCAUUGUAGGAGACAUCCGUUGGCACUAGGCUUCAAAAACAUUGAAAACUCAUCCCAGUCGCACGAGAAUACAAUCAUCCAGCAGCAGUUGAACAAGAAUAUUCUUUUGUGUACGUUUCGUGCUGCUGGCUGGCAUUAUUAUAAAUUCACAGUUGAUGGUACAAACGUUAUUGUUGUUAAUUUAAUUUCCAUUGUUUUCUUCACGAUUUUCGAUUUCUAUGUUUUGAAAAAUUUCCUUCAUUUGGAUACGUGGUUCACCGAUGAAUCUUCAAUCUUUAUUCUGUGUUUGACUUCUACCAUUCCAUUAGCAUUCUACAUCGGCCAAGCAGUCGCAUCGAUAUCUGCUCAGACUUCCAUGGGUGUCGGCGCUGUCAUUAAUGCAUUUUUCUCGACUAUUGUGGAAAUCUUCCUCUAUUGCGUCGCGUUGCAGCAACGGAAGGGACUGUUAGUGGAGGGAUCUAUGAUUGGCUCCAUUUUAGGUGCCGUAUUAUUAUUGCCAGGGUUGUCCAUGUGUGGUGGUGCACUGAAUAGGAAAACCCAAAGGUACAAUCCUGCGAGCGCUGGUGUCUCUUCUGCAUUAUUAAUCUUUUCCAUGAUUGUGAUGUUCGUCCCAACCGUUUUAUACGAAAUAUACGGGGGGUAUUCUGUAAACUGUGCAGAUGCUGCUAACGAUCGCGACUGUACUUUCUCGCAUCCUCCCUUGAAAUUCAACCAUCUGUUCACCCACGUCAUUCAACCUAUGUCCAUAUCCUGCGCCAUUGUUCUGUUCUGUGCUUAUAUGAUUGGGUUGUGGUUUACCCUCAGAACUCAUGCAAAAAUGAUCUGGCAAUUACCUAUCACGGAUCCAGCCUCGACCGCACCUGAACAACAAGAACAGGGUUCUCAUGACGCACCAAAUUGGUCAAGAAGCAAGUCUACUUGUAUUUUACUCAUGUCCACACUUUUGUACGCAAUAAUUGCAGAAAUUCUUGUGUCCUGUGUGGAUUCUGUCCUAGAGGAUGUCCCUUCUUUGAAUCCAAAAUUCCUGGGCCUCACUAUAUUUGCGCUAGUUCCGAAUACCACAGAAUUCUUAAAUGCCAUCUCCUUUGCCAUUCAUGGUAACGUGGCGCUAUCGAUGGAAAUUGGUAGUGCCUAUGCCUUACAAGUUUGCCUUUUGCAAAUUCCCGCUUUGGUCAUUUAUUCCAUUUUCUACACAUGGAACGUGAAGAAGUCCAUGAUCAACAUCAGAACAGAGAUGUUUCCCCUAGUUUUUCCCCGUUGGGACAUCUUCGGUGCUAUGACGAGUGUUUUUAUGUUCACCUAUUUAUAUGCUGAGGGGAAGAGCAAUUACUUCAAGGGUUCCAUGUUGAUCUUACUAUACAUAAUCAUUGUUGUGGGAUUCUACUUCCAAGGAGCCCUUUCGGACUAG